CGCGCUCCUACCCGCGGGAGCGUUUCCGCCAUUUUUGAAAAUCGGGAGUUCCCGGAGCUCAGGGUAGCCGCCGCCGCGAUGGCAGCCUUUGCCCUGGAACCCCAGGCCACCACGUUGGGUUUAUUAUAACAAGAUAUGAGGAAGCAUAAACGUGACAGCAUUUGGAUAGCAAGAAACACAUUUUUGAGGCUGUUUAGAAGGAUCUGAACCAAUGAUGCUGGGUUCGCCUACAUCUCCAAAACCAGGGGUUAAUGCCCAGUUCUUACCUGGGUUUUUAAUGGGGGAUUUGCCAGCGCCAGUGACUCCACAGCCUCGAUCAAUUAGUGGCCCUGCAGUAGGAGUAAUGGAAAUGAGAUCACCUUUAAUUGCAGGUGGGUCACCACCGCAACCAGUUGUACCAGCUCAUAAAGAUAAAAGUGGAGCUCCACCAGUUAGAAGUAUAUAUGAUGACAUUUCUAGUCCAGGACUUGGGUCAACACCUUUAACCUCAAGAAGACAGCCAAACUUAUCAGUAAUGCAGAGUCCUCUUGUUGGAGUUAUGUCGACUCCUGGAACAGACUUUUUCAAAUGGCAAAGUAUGUUUAGUCCAGCAAACAUUGGUCAACCACGAAAGACAACAUUAUCUCCUGCGCAGCUGGAUCCUUUUUAUACCCAAGGAGAUUCUCUGACUUCUGAAGAUCACCUUGAUGACACGUGGGUAACUGUGUUCGGGUUUCCUCAGGCAUCUGCUUCCUAUAUAUUAUUACAAUUUGCACAAUAUGGGAAUAUCUUAAAACAUGUGAUGUCUAACACUGGAAAUUGGAUGCAUAUUCGUUAUCAAUCUAAACUGCAGGCUCGGAAAGCCUUAAGCAAAGAUGGGAAGAUUUUUGGCGAGUCCAUCAUGAUUGGUGUAAAACCUUGUAUAGAUAAAAGUGUUAUGGAAAACAGUGACAGGAAUGCUGUAUCAUCUUCAUCUCUAGCCUUUACACCUCCAAUCAAGACCUUAGGAACACCAUCCCAGCCUGGAAGUACUCCUAGGAUAUCCACCAUGAGGCCUCUUGCUACAGCAUACAAAGCUUCUACCAGUGACUAUCAGGUCAUUUCUGACAGACAGACACCAAAAAAAGAUGAAAGUCUUGUAUCCAAAGCAAUGGAGUACAUGUUUGGCUGGUAGUAUACUGAGAGCUGAGAACUCAGCCAACUACAAAGGAAGAGGCUGCUGCACUAAAACAGGGCACCGCCGGUUUGUCUUCGGUUAGUUAUAUAACCACUCUCGGCAGUGUUGGACAGCUAUCUCAUACUUCUUUUAGAAGCCUUUCUCUUUAAGGACACAGCAUAUUUGUAGCUCCCACUUUAAGAGAUGCUUGAGACAUGUUUUAAAGAAACAAAAAAAACCUCUGUAAAUAGGAUUUUGUGUUUUCUGUGGUAAUGCAUGUGUAAACACAAAAUGUUCAACAUUGGUAACUAAAUUAUAUAAUUGAGUGCAUUGAGGCUUUGUAGUCAUGAGUUGGUGGGUGAAUUUCAUGAAGGGGAACUGAACAGCUGCUUCUAACAAGACACAAAGAUUGUUAACAAUUUGAAUUAUGGCCUUUUAAUUUAGAUAGUAUUUAAUAUUUUAAUUAUCCUUGUUUGUAUAUGUCUUAUCGUGGAUUGUCAUCUUUCCGUAUUCUUAAACCAAAACAGUCUUUUAAAAGACCUUCUAAUGUUCUUGAUAAUAAACUUUGCCAAUUAUA